AUGAACACCUCCAAUGACAGCGUGUGUGGCAACCGGCCUGCUGAUUUCCAGUUUUAUCUCUUUCCCAUUACCUAUGGUCUGGUUCUGGUAUUUGGCCUGCUGGGGAACCUGGGUGCCCUGUAUGUCUACAUCUUCAGAACAGAGCAAAAAUCCCCCUCAACUAUCUACUUUAUUAGUCUUGCUGUGGCUGACACCAUGUUCCUGAGUGUCCUGCCUUUUCGCAUCCAUUACCACCUCAAUGGCAAUAACUGGAUCUUUGGGACCGAGUCAUGUCGACUGACAGGUAUUCUAUUUUUCGGCAAUAUCUACAUCAGCAUUACAUUUAUGAGCUGCAUUUGCGUGGACCGCUAUUUGGCCACCGUCCACCCUCAUACAUACCUACGUCUUCGUAACACCUGCUGUUCCCUGGUGGUAUGCGUCACCAUUUGGGGGCUAAGUGGGACAGCCAUCCUAGUCUUCAUGCUCACAUCACCGAAUACACAUAAAAAUACUGCGGAGAACUGCACAAACUGCUUUGAAAACUUUUCAGAGACUGAAUGGAAAACAAAGUUGGCACCCUUUAGCACUUUCUGCCUCAUCUUUGGUGCCCUGCUUCCCCUUAUUACCAUCUUGGUGCUCUAUCCAGUGGUGGCACGUCGGAUAGCAAAAAUCAGGACACGAACAGCAUGUGGUGCCUUGAGAAUUAUUUACACCAUCAUGGCCAUCACCGUAAUCUGCUUCUUGCCCUUCCAUCUGGUGUAUUUGUUGCACAUUCUCUGGCGGACAAAGGUUAUCGAUAGCGCCGCUGCUGGUGAUGGCAUUUUCAAAGCCCGUCGUAUAACAAUGGCACUGGUCAGUAUGAACAGUUUAUUUGACCCAGUGCUAUAUUAUUUUGCCACCAGCCACUGCAAGUGGACCGUCAAGUGGAACUUUAAAUGGCUGAAGCCAAAAAAAAGAAAAGGUGUCUAUAUCAUCUCAGAGGAUUUACAGGCUCGGUAA